ACAAAAAACAAUUUUUGUUGUCAAUUUACAAUUACAAUUGACAAUUGUCUAGACAUUAAGAAUAGAACACCUAGUUGUAAUUUUUUUUUUUUUUAAAUAAAAUGCAUUUAACUCUUAUCAACUUUUUAAAUAAGGUGCGACCACACGGAAAACUCUUUAGAGGAAAAAAUCGAAAAGUAAGGAAAAUAACUUUCAAGGAAUUGAAUGAUUUGAAAAAUGAUUAUGAAAGAGAAGAAAAAAAUAUGCUCUUUCUACGACAUCCUUAUCUAACACAGGAACAAUCACAUGGUUAUAUGAAAGAAUUAAGAGCAAUGCAGCCAUAUAUUACUCCACUUGUGGGUAAACUUAAAGACAUUAAAUUCUCAAGAAGAUAUUCAUUUGAGGAUGCACUUUGUCAUUUAAGAGUGAAAGAAACUUGGGAUUAAAAUGGAAAAAAAUCUUAAAUUAUUAAAGAAAAAAAAUUCCCCUGUAAUUCAUUUAAUGUACAUUUAUUUUUCUUUGUAACAAAUAAUAUACAAUAUUAAAAAUAAUAAUUCUCCAUAA